CCACCCUAAAACCACCCAUACCCACUGCCACCCUUGUGUUCACUUCUCUCCAUAUCUACUGAUUACCUAUACAUACAUAUACAUAUAGCUUUUGUUCCUAAUAUUCUGUUUUGUGACAAAUACUUAACUUGGUUCUUUAAAGUUUACUCCUUUUUUCACUGUUCAAGUAUCUGAAGCUGUUAGCAGCUUUUGUUUUUUGGUUCAAACCCUUGUUGGGUUUUCAGUUUCUGAGCCUGAGCUUACAAUGAGAGCUUUUUCGAUUUUGUAUUCGCCCUCAACAGGCAUUUAAGUUAUGGCGGUGCUUCUGAUGAAGAAGAGGAGUGUGUUCCUUGAUGGGGGAGCAUGUGGAGUAAAGAUGAGACAGCAACCGCUUAUGUGGAUCAUCUGUAUAGUUAUGUUGUUUAUUGUAUAUAGGACCACUAAUUAUCAGUAUCAACAGACAGAGAUAGAGUCGAGAUUGGAUCCAUUUUAUUCUUCGCAGGACCCUAGUUUGGAUAUGAGAAGUUUGAACAGUUUGCCUCGUGGUAUUAUCCAAGCAAGAUCAGAUCUUGAGUUAAAGCCUCUGUGGUCAACAAGUAGUUCGAAGUCAAAGGCAAAGGCUAGCAAUUCUAGCUGCCAUAACUUGUUGGCAGUUCCAGUUGGCAUUAAUCAGAAGAGCAACGUUGACGCUCUUGUCCAAAAGUUUCUUUCAGAGAAUUUUACUGUCAUUCUAUUCCACUAUGAUGGUAAUGUUGAUGGGUGGGAGGACCUCCAAUGGAGUAAAGAUGCCAUUCAUAUUGUUGCUCACAAUCAGACGAAAUGGUGGUUUGCAAAGAGAUUUUUACAUCCUGCAGUUGUUUCAAUCUACGAUUACAUUUUCCUUUGGGAUGAAGAUUUGGGUGUGGAGAAUUUCCAUCCUGGAAGGUACCUUGAAAUUGUGAAAUCUGAAGGACUGGAAAUUUCUCAGCCUGCUUUAGACCCGAAUUCUACUGGUAUACACCAUAGAAUCACCAUACGAAGCAGAACAAACAGGUUCCACAGAAGGGUCUAUGAUAUUAGAGGUAGUACAAAGUGUUCAGACGAAAGCGAAGGGCCCCCAUGCAGCGGAUUUGUGGAGGGAAUGGCUCCGGUCUUUUCAAGAUCUGCGUGGCUUUGUGCUUGGCAUCUGAUACAGAAUGAUCUCGUUCAUGGGUGGGGAAUGGACAUGAAACUUGGUUAUUGUGCACAGGGAGAUCGAUCCAAAAAGGUGGGAGUAGUUGAUAGUGAAUAUGUAGUUCACCAGAGCAUUCAAACUUUGGGUGGCCAAUCUUUGAAAAAGGAUUCAAACCCUGAAGAGUCUGUGAAGAGACACGUUGUUGACGUGAGAUCUGAGAUUCGGAGACAAUCAACGUAUGAACUGCAAAUAUUCAAGGACCGGUGGGCACGAGCUGUGAAGGAGGACAAGAACUGGCCAGAUCCAUUUAAAACUAAGGCAGAGACGUAAGCAAUGGUAUGAACAAAGGAGAAAGUCAAAGUUUAAGCGUAGAUGAGGUUAUCUGAAAUUCAAUCAAUGGGCUAACAAUGACUCAACAAAUCGGUUAUCGUCUGUUGCAUUGUGGCAUUCAAUCACAACCAGUUCCUGUCAGAUGAUUAGUUCUUAAAUUAGUCCCCAUAAUCCAAUGAUUUGUUCAUUAUUUGGAUAGGUUUAGUUUCUCCUAGUUUUUGUGCUGAAUGUAUUUAUUAAUUUUCUUCUAACAUUUUUCUCUCAAUUCUCUUUCAUGUACAUCAUUUUUUUGUAACUAGGCUUGGUUGGUCACCUUAUAUUGCCGUUGGUUUUAAUUUCUA